GUGUAACGGCCAUCAGGAACACAUGACAUGACCUUGCAUGUGACGCUUGACGCCGUUGCUGUUUUUGAGUUCGUAUAGGAAAGCUUUCAUUGUGACAGUCGUUUGCAACAGUUUGCAGUCGCUUGUUUCCUCGGGGUGUGUGCGUAUAAUUCAUCGGCUGAAAAAGCAUAACGUUUCGGGGAUAGAAAAUUUAAUUGAAAAAACUGUGUUUGAUAGCAUCAACCUUAUUACGCCGCUUUCACUUAGCUUAUGUAUGUUAUAUACGUUAGUGUCGAAAUUAGUAUUCGGAAGAUAAUUGGUCAUCCCUCCAAAAGAAGCGGUCACUGACGAGAAGUGUUUCAAAAUUUAUAACGAUGAGCGACGAUCAGACAAACGAGCAGAAUCCGACUGCAGAGUUGUCAUCGAGUGAUAUAGAAAAAUUGGAAGAAGCAAAGUUAAAAGCAAAAUUCCCAAACGCAGCUAAUCGACCAUUUGGUGGUCAUUCUGCAUUUUUGCAAAAAAAGCUAGCAAAAGGACAAAAAUAUUUUGAUUCUGGGGAUUAUCAAAUGGCGAGACAGAAAUCUACAGCUAAGCCAAAGCCAACUGGUGUUCUGCCAACAGGGGAUGCUAUACCAACACCAGAAACAGUACCACAACGAAAAACAUCUAUCAUACAACAAAAAUUUAAUACAUCAACAACAUCUUCAUAAGAUAAGAUCGUCAUUUUUUAAACUAUAUUUUGUUAAGUAGUCUUAUAUAUUUGGAUACCAGAGUAAUAUGGUUCCUUAUAAAUAGCUGGAGAUUUAAAUACAAUCUCAUAUUUAAAAUUUUUUUUUAAACAUUUCUUUAAUUAUUUUAUAUAAUAUAAAAUUCUUGUGUCUUUAGUGAAUCAAUUAUUUUUUAGCUACUUAUUCUUAAAAAAGCAUCUGUAAUAUUACAAUAAAAAUCAUAUUCUUUA